UUUUUAAUUUAUGCAAAAUAACCUUGGAUUCGGAUAAGGCUCGCUGUGGCUCUUGCAUUCACUCAAUUUCUUGUGACCACUAAAACUAGUAGCUCUCUGGCACUUUUGUUUUGUAAAAGUUGCUCCCAGAGGAAAAAGGUUGGAGACUCCUGUUAUAACAUACACUCUCCCCUCUUACCAGCUUGUCAAACCAAUGAUAUUUACUGCUUUUUAUAAAGAAAUACAAUUAAUAUUAUGCAGAACUGAGUUAAGCAUUUUGGCUUGGCCCUCCACAAUAUUCUCUAUUUUUCUUGCCCACUUCUGUUAUAGUGUAUGUAUCUGCAAUCUUAAACACUUAUUUUGAGAUUGGUACAAAAUUUUAUACUUAAGGUGCGCUUUGUAACUUCUAAUGUAGAGAGUCUGCUACUUGCUUGCCUCCAUGGAGAUGUUACCGUAUUUUAUUUUUUGACUGGAAUGCUCGGCUGUAGGGCAUUAAACAUAUCUCCCUUGCAUUUGUUGAAUUACAGAUAUUUAAUAACUUAAAAAUACCUAAAAAAAACAAAAAAAAACAUGAAUUCUUACCAUAUGCAGGCUCAUUUUUCCAUAGAUGUGAGUAUUAACCUGUCUCCAUUGUGAAUACCAAGUUUAUUUCCAUACUGUAGAAUAAUCAAGGCAAAACAGGCAAAAAGUCGGUGGCGGCCUCUCCACCAGAAAAGUAAUAGAGUGCAUCUUUAAAUAAUUUUUAUAGCUAUAAUUAAAGAAAUCAAGUAAAAAUUUAGAGACUCAAACUUAAGAUUCAUGGUUUAUAAAAGGUACAGUGUGAAACUUUUCUAAUAGAGGGUGCUUGUCUUCAUGAGGAUGUUAUUGCUUUGUCUAGAAUGUUCCACAGUAGAGAUUAAACCCAUCUACAGUAUGUCAAGGAAAACAACUAUUAGCAACCCUAUUCACAGGAGGAAUUAUUCUAUUUUUGAGCAAUAGAAACACCCGUAAUGAAUAAAUGCAUGAUUAUUGUUGCUAUAUUUGAAAUGUAUUAUAUUUCUUUCAUAUUAGUCAUUAAAACCAGAUGUCCCUUUAUGUUAUAAGUAACCACAAGGCUGGCUCACAAGCACACAACAGACGGUGGUUGGUGGUCACAGCCAAAGAUAGACCGGAGUGUGUGGUCUGGUUUUGCACUGUCACACUCGCUCAUUGUGUAGAGUCCAGCUGUGUCUCUGUCUUCAGUGGGCUGAGAUGACGCCAAGCACGAGUGGGGGCGGAGAGAUAGAACACAUGCGGCCAAUGCACAUUCGCAAAACCCACUGCUAUGCUACAUCUCACUCUGCUCUGUGAAUGUGAAGACUGAGGUUUCCAAGUAUAUGUGUGAAUAUUAGUUCCCAAGAUGCAGUGGUGCCGCAUGGGAGGUGGCUGGAGGACGCACAGACAGUCUGCUGAGCUGGAGCUGGAGGACUCUUUUGACUUCCUCUUUAAAAUCAUCCUGGUCGGAGAUUCAAAUGUUGGAAAAACCUGUGUGGUGCAAAGGUUCAAGUCUGGGAUUUUUAUCGAGAAACAACAAAAUACUAUUGGAGUGGAUUUCACUGUUCGGACACUGGACAUCGAUGGAAAGAAAGUCAAGCUGCAGGUGUGGGACACAGCGGGUCAGGAGCGUUUUCGGACGAUCACUCAGAGUUAUUACCGAAGUGCUCACGGGGCGAUGGUGGCCUACGAUAUCACACGCCGCUCUACAUUUGAAUCUGUUUCUCACUGGAUCAGGGAAGUGGAGCAGUAUGGAGCCGCCAGUGUAAUACUCAUACUUAUAGGAAACAAGUCAGACCUGCAUGCCAACAGACAGGUCUUAUUCGAAGACUCGUGCACACUGGCAGAGAAGCACGGGGUUCUGGCUGCUCUAGAAACGUCCGCCAAAGAAGCACAGAACAUUGAAGCAGCUUUUAUUCUCAUGGCCAGAGAGCUGAUGGCGAGGAACGGGAUGAUGGUGAUAGACGAGAGCUCUCUGGAGGCGCCUCACUUCACUUUGAAUAGUUCUCAUCCAAUUCACGGGACACUUGCUCCAGAUAAGAACUGUAGAUGCUGAGGUGUGUCACUGAAAAUAAAUUAAUUGCUAUGAUGGAAGUACUUGGACCUGCAUAUGGGUGUUUUUCAGAUUGUACUUUAAAAUGUGAUGGUUUCAUACUCACAAAUGGGGGACAAGGGACAGUUUUUCCUCUUGAUAACCACUGUUGGGCAAGUUACUUUGAAACUGUAAUGCGUUAUUUAUUACCUAUUACUGUCAUUUCAAAGUAAUUUGUUACAUUACAAUAUUACUGCAUUUAAAAUGUAAGGCAUUACAUUACUAUUGCAUUACUUUAAGUUACUCUCACCAAAAUAACUUUUGCGCUGUAUAUGGACUGAAUCAGGACUAAACCAGGUCUAAACCAGGACUAAACCAGAGCUGAACCAGGACUAAACCAGAAGUGAACUAGGACUAAACUAGAACUGAACUAGGACUAAAACAGGACUCACUGUAGGGACGGGCUCGAAGGUGACCGCAGGAGAAAGGAGCGGCUCUGCUCCGCACCUCACGGAGGUAAGAGCGGCUGUCACCCGAUCGCUCUUUAUGGACCCUGCUGCUCGAGCUCGCGGCCCUGAUUUCAGCAACUAUUUGCAGGUACCCGAGCCGGUGCAAGAGUCUGUUACAGCGCGUAACUUCUACCUUCCUUCAUCGUGUCCAGAAGUCCAACUUUUUGUGUGAUGUUUAGCAUCUUCCUCUGCCUUUUGGGUGCGAGCGCAGGAGCCUUUGUCGGUGCAGAACGUUUCGUCGACGUUGUGGGUUUCGUCAGGGAGAAAACUUGCAACCGUACAGCACUUCAGAAUCACACUGCUAGAGACUGAACAUGUAUUUAAAUUUGGCAGCUGAACACAUUCUGUACUGUACUGUAAAGGAGACAGGAGUCCCUUGGCCAGUCAGGACGCAGCGGGAGGAACGCAAUACGCAUUCAUACAAUGUAAAAAAAAACAGGGCAUGCAAAAUUGCACAAAAAAAACCCCCAAAAAACUGCGAAACAGCGAGACCGCGAAAAGUGAACUGCGAUAGAGGGCGGGACGAGUGUAAACCAGGUCUAAACCAGAACUGACCCAGGUCUAAACCAGGUCUAAACAGCGUGGAGUUCUUUGUCAGUCCUUUCGCUUUUUACCUGAAGGUCUAUGAGGGAGCAUCUCCGGCGUUUCACCGCUGCUGAUAUCGAGGUGAUUUUAGCGAAUUUGUAUGAAGAAAAACCCACCACUUCAAUCCAGGUUAAAAAAAACAUUGUAACGCGCGUUACUCACAUUUGUACCGAGUAAAAUAUUACUAUUUUUUUCCCCUGUAAUGCCUUACAUUACUGCGUUACAGCAAAAAGUAAUGCAUUACUGUAAUUCGUUACUUUUAUAACGCGUUACUCCCAACACUGUUGAUAACAUUGUACUUUGCCACGAAAAUAUCCAAAAAGUUAAUUCGCAAAUGUUGACUCUGAAUCUUUUCUAUAAGUGACUAGACUAAUUUUUGCAUUUUAACUAUAUUAAAGGUGCAUUGUGUAACUUUUCUGGUGGAGGAUUCAUCAAAUGCCUGAGUGCCUUAGGUAUUUUUGAGUUUUAAAACCACCUGUAGUUGAAUAAGUGUAAGAUAGAGCUGUUUAAUGUCAUACUGUGGAACAUUCAGGCAGAGCAAUGACAUAUCCAUAGAAACAAACAGGUGACGGACCCUCAACCAAAAAGUUACAUAGUGCACCUUUAAUUUUAGCUGCCCCUCAUCUGUAUUACUUGAUAUUGUCCUAUAGAAUAGAAUCUUGUCAUCUGAAAUUCAGUAAACGAUAUAAAAAUCUCUCUACAAUAUUUUCUCGAUAUACAUCUCACGGUACGAUAUUUAUUGCCAUAUUUUGUGGAACUGAAUUAUUGUAAAGCCAUUAUUCAAGGUCUUUUGAACUGUAUAAAUAAAUACAUAUUAUUGCUUGCCAAAGAUGAGAAGAAUACUUUCAAAAUGUAUUUAGUUACAGAAUACUCAUACAUAAUCCCCAAAUUAAAAUAUAUAUUGUUCUGUAACAUGGGCCAAUCAGAGGUACUGUAUUGUGAAUACUUGGAAUAUUUUUAGUUCGAAUUGUAUUGUAUUGAAAAAAUGUGUGAAAAAUCCCUCAUUCGUCCAGAUAGAAUCCAGGGCAAAAUAGAAAUUCAGUUUGUCGAAUGGACAAGAGUUUAAGCUGGUUCUUCAGUACAGAACUGAAGAAGCAGCUUUGGAUGAGCUGCGAAACCUAUUCGACCAAUAAACUUUUGUUCAGUCGACAAAUAGAAUUUCUCCUUUGUCAUGUAUUGAAAAAAAAAACAUGGCAUAUAAUUAAACUGCUUUAUUUUGGUUGUUGUAGUUCAAACCUAAAAUUGCAGAUGAAGUACGACCAAAUAUUAUAUUUGUUUAAAGAAGUAAUAAAAGAGUAACUGUACCAGAAUACAGUUACUCCAAAUAAGUAUUUUCUGUAUAUUUAUUCAGUUCCCAACACUGUUUCUUGAUGAGAUGUUUCUGACAAGAGAGGUCAGUUUAGAUUGAAUACAAUAUAAUUUAAAGGUGUACUAUGUAACUUUCCUUGUGGGAGGGGUCCACUGUCUCCUUAUCCUUUAUUAUUGCUCUCCUUGUUGUUGUUUUGUCUGUUCCAUGGUGUGGGGGUGUUCCAUGAAGCGAGAUAAAGCAAAAGCCUGGUUUAUUUGGGCAAUCCAGAC